AUGUCCAGUCUCGGCCGAAUCAUCAAGCCCAGCAGACGUAAUCCCUUUGGCCACGCGGCCACUGUUCUACCUCCACCUCCACUUCCUCCUCGACUCGUCAUCCCCAUGUGCGAGAAUACGGACGGACGGAUUGCAGAGCAACAUGACGACCCUCACAUUCUCCCGCAAGCUCACUCGCCAGAUCUCACCGAUCCUUCCCUCUCACCACCCAUUCCCUAUUUCGGUGCUAAACUGGACACAUCCAUUCUUCACCCUCUCCUGCCCUAUCCCUCGUCACCUCCUCGUGUCGCUCUCGACUCUAUCAAGGAGCGCGAGAAAAAGAAGUGGACUAUAGGCUUAGGAAAGGACAGCAAAGACAAAGAGAAGCAAGGCCGAGGCACCACUGUCGCUGGUACACAGACAUCGAGCGUCUUGCAAGGGUCGUCUCAACCGGCUUCGAUCUCAUCCGCGUCCAUACUCAGUCCGACCACCCCAUAUCUUUCCCCCGACUCAGCUCAUGCCACCUGCGCCUCGUCUUGCUUCGCUGACGGAGUACUUGCGGCAGCCCAGCCUAGCGGUGCUGCAUGA